GGGGUAAACAAAUAGAGACGCGUUUCUGCUAGUUCAAGGAAAUAAAAGUAUUUGUGGACUUCCCCGUUUUUCCUAGUGAAUGCCAGGUGACAGUACCCAGUUCUAAUGCACAAGUAAAGGUAGUUAUCUCGAUUCGGAAACUGCAAGGAUCAAACCUUUAAACAUGGCUGAUACCUGUAAUCAAACUACUGUGACUAACGCCUCGACCGCUGGAGUCGGUACGAUUCGCUUAAACAACAUACAGAAAAUUCAAAUGCGCAAGCAGCAAGUCCGCGAGUGGCCUCAUCCCAAAAAAUUGGAAAAGCUGGCUGUUUAUUCUAGUUGCAAGGUUGAUGAGAGCUGCAAAUGCAAUGGGUGGAAAAAUCCUCCUGCACCUACAAAUGUGAAUACGACACCAGGAAUGACAAUGGCUCUUCCUACAGCUAAUUUAACUGAUCCUUGCCGCAGUUGUUCACAUAGCCUGUCAGAACAUGUAUCACAUUUGUUAAAUUCAACGAAUGAAGAACUGAAUCAACUUUUGAGUCUGGUAGUCGACAUUGAAAACUUGUUUGUCUGUGUAAACAAGGAGGAAGAUCCAGACAAUAAACAAGUCUACUUUUGUCUCUUUAAACUAUUAAGGAAAUGCAUAAUGCAAAUGACCAAACCAGUUGUUGAAGGUCCACUGGGCUCUCCUCCAUUUGAAAAACUUAGCAUCAGCAAGGGUAUAAACAAUUUUGUCAUGUACAAAUACAGUCAACAAAUACCAAAGGAAUUCCAAAAAAUGGGUGAUUUGGCCAAAAUGUUCAUUCAUUGUCUUAAUCAUUGGAAAUUGGAAACACCAACUGUUUGGAAACAACAUUAUCCACAAGCUGAUCUUUCCGUGUAUCGAAUGAGCUACACCAGGUGGUUAUGUUAUUGCAACGUACCGACGUAUUGCGAUUCCUUACCAUGCUACGAUACCAGUGCUAUUUUCGGUCGAACGUUCCUACGUCUGAUAUAUUCAACCGUUCAGCGGCAAUUAAUGGAUCGGUUUAUAGCCGAAAAAGAUCGGUUACCACCCGAGCGACGUGAUAUGAUUAUCAAUCAGUUCCCGAAGUUCUUGGCAGAUAUGGAAAUGGAACUAGGAAACGAUGCGUCACCUGUGUGGGAUCCAUCCUAUGUUCAUCGCCCCGCAAAUAACCGUGAAAGCAUAAAAGACGAAAAUGUAGCACAACCAGGGGAAGCAACCUUUCACCGUUUGACGACUAGUGGAAUUGUCAGGUCUAUUUCGAAAGAUGCCGAGAAGAACUUACUGAAGCGACAAGGGGAUAAUGAACCUAGUACUGAAGGUGAUACAAAGAGGCUGCGUUUGAGUGACGACAUCUCCGAAGAAACUGUUGCACAAAUUCUUGCUGUGAUCAAUGACCCCAAAAAGAUGCUAGGACCCGAAAGUGUGUUUCCAGAAAACGCGCCUAGAGACGAAGCAGCAAAACAGGAAGAACGUCGUGGUUUGAUAUCCUUCCACGUAGUGGGCAACUCUCUUACACAAACUGUAUCAAAACAAACUAUGUCUUGGUUGGUUGGCUUACAGAACGUUUUUUCUCACCAAUUACCAAGAAUGCCGAAAGAGUAUAUCACGCGAUUGGUUUUUGACUGCAAACAUCGAACUUUGGCGUUAAUCAAGGAUAAUAGACCAAUCGGUGGUAUCUGCUUUCGAAUGUUCCCCAGCCAAGGUUUCACCGAAAUCGUAUUCUGUGCCGUUACCUCAUCGGAGCAGGUUAAAGGAUAUGGAACUCACUUGAUGAACCACAUCAAAGAUUACCACAUCAAACACAAUGUCCUCCACUUUCUUACUUUUGCCGACGAGUACGCUAUUGGAUAUUUCAAGAAACAAGGAUUUAGUAAAGAAAUUAAGCUUCAAAAAUCCGUUUAUAAUGGAUACAUUAAGGACUACGAAGGUGCAACAUUGAUGGGUUGUGAAUUAAACCCACGAAUUAUUUACACGGAGUUUACCGCAAUUAUUCGAAAGCAGAAAGAGAUCGUUAAGCAUCUAAUUGAAAUGAAACAACAAGAAAUCAGCCAGGUUCAUCCAGGCCUCAAUUGUUUUAAAGAUGGGGUUCGUGAAAUUCCAAUUGACAGCAUUCCGGGACUUAAAUUGACAGGCUGGCGGCCCUCCCACGGCUACGGUUCGAAACGUGUAAUUGAAGAGACUUUUGAUGCAGAGCAGUUGUACCAAGCCCUACGUUCAGUUCUCAAUCAGGUGAGAAGUCACCCUUCCUCAUGGCCUUUCUUGAAGCCAGUUGAUCGGGCUGAAGUUCCAGAUUAUUACGAUCACAUCAAAUUUCCAAUGGAUUUGAAGACCAUGGGGGACCGACUAAAAAACCGGUAUUACGUCCACCGUAAACUAUUUAUGGCAGACAUUUCCCGAAUGUUUUCGAACUGCCGCCAUUACAACGAAGCGGAUACAGAAUAUUGCAAAUGUGCCAACGCGCUCGAAAAGUACUACAUAGUUAAAAUGAAAGAUGCCGGCCUCUGGGAAAAAUGAAACUGAAAGCAGCAUUCAACCUGGAGAUUCAAUAUUAACAAAUAUUUAUAUUACUUGCACACUCAACCGAUGACAAACAAGGUAAACAUCCAGCAAUACGAGAACCGAUUUUGAAAAAAAUCCGCACCACUUAUUUGAACAAUCACAAAAUCCAAAACUUCGCAUCAAUA